UAAAGCCGUCCGUCGUCGCGGCGGCGUUUCAUUGUCGAAAACGCGAGACAACGGUAACGCAUAUAAUAGCACCGUUGGCGUUUCGUGCGGGCACGCAAAUGAAUCGAACAAUACGAGCGCCGCCGCCGCCGUGUACAGCGACAAAAACAACAGCAACGCCAGCGACAGCCGACAGCGGCAUCAGUGGCGAUAGCUGCUGCUGUUGUCGUGAUAGUAGUAAGUAGUAGGACCAACGUCAGCGUGCCAGUCGGUCCGUCGCCGUCCGUUUAAUGCGCUCCGCGCCGUCGUCCACGACACACACACCGCCACCGACGUCGUCUCAGAUAACGCGCGCGCGACGACGACGACGACACCGUCGACCGCUAUCGGCGACCGUACACACACACACACAGUGCGGUGCACGCUAUCGCACCGCUCCAUCGCCGUCCGCGCGUCAGACGCCAGUCAGCGGCGUGCCGUCGCGUUACGAAUUCGUCACCAGCUCCUCGGCCGUUGUGUCUUGUGUGUCGCGUAGCAGAGUAACGGGUGAGACUUUUGGCGUUUCGUGGCCACCGUUUCUGUCGCUGCCCGCGAUCAUGCGUACGACGUGAGCAGGAGAGUUUCUCGGUGUCCGCACAAACCCGCACGCAAAGGCGACUCGACCAAAGCCGUCGUCGUCACGAUGCCUUGAAUUCUAGUAUGGAAAUCUUCAAGGUGAAUUCCAAACAUAAAGGAAAUAAUUUGACACGUCAAUAUGGAACCAGUUGUGGAAGAAGUAAGAGACAUUACUGUUCGAAAAGUAACACGAUGGUGUUGUUCAACAAUUAUGGUAUUCGGAGGAGUAGUACCAUACAUUCCACAAUACCGAGAAAUAUACAUCAAACAAGAUGCAGAAGGCUUCUCAAUGUAUGUAUGCCUUGCACUUUUAGUUGCGAACACUUUGAGAAUAUUAUUUUGGUUUGGUAAACGUUAUGAGCUUCCAUUACUAUUCCAAAGCAUUGUAAUGAAUAUUAUGAUGUUACUUAUGAUACACUUAUGUGUAAAAGUUCGUAAUAAAACACAGUUAAUCAGAGGACCAGACAGAUAUUUUACUGAUUUUGACUGGCAUUACUUUUGGCAAUGGACAGACUUUCAGUCGUAUAUAGAUUUUUUAAUCGCUAUGAGUAUUUGUCUUUCCAUCAUAACAUUCAUAUUUCUGCACAAUGUUAUAUUUAUUGAAAUUAUUGGAUUUCUUGCUCUCCUAACUGAAGCCAUGUUGGGUGUUCCUCAAUUAGUCAAAAACUUAAGAAAUCGAUCUACAGAAGGAAUGAGUGUUACAAUGGUAUUACUUUGGACAACUGGAGAUGCAUUUAAGACUUGUUACUUUGUAAGUCGAAAAGCGCCUCUACAAUUCUGGAUGUGUGGCACACUUCAGGUUAUGAUAGAUCUGACAAUACUUGGUCAAGUAGUCUGGUACCGUAAUGAACCACCCUAUAAAAUUCCUCGAAUAGACUGAUCUGUAAAUUGAUUAUCUCGAUAUAAUAUUUUUUAAAUUUUCCAAGCUAAGAUUGUUAUUAUCAUUGUUAGAUCUUCUAAUCUCAAAUUAGACAUUGAUCGUAGGUUGUUAAUGUUUGUUUAUUUAGUGAAUUUUAUUUAUUUAUUUAUUUUUACCGUAUCAGUUAGUUGUAUAUUCAUCAAUAUUUUAUUAAACUUUAUAAUAAUGCAUCAACCUCCAUCAAUUGUAUUUACUAUAGACUGUUAAAAAUAAGAAUAUAUUAUUAAAAAUAUUGUUUGUAUGAUUUGAUUUUAUGAGAAUUCCACAACCAAUAAUGUGCACAAUUGUAAUUGAAACAAAUAUAUCAUCACAUGUUAUUUUAUAAAUUUUAGGGCAUUUACUUUCAAAAUAGUUUUUGUUAAAUAGACAGAAAUCUGUAUUGUGCCUACACUGACUAAAUUAGAGACUAGAUCAAUAAAUAUUUUUUUAUAUUUAAGGGCCAUCACUUGGUCAUAAUAUUGACUUUACUACAUUAUAUCUAUAAAAUAUUAGUUUAUCUAUUUAAUAGUUAUUGUGAAUAAUUUGUUGAUACUUUAUAUUGUUUCUAUGUUAUUAUUUACUUCCUUAUAUUUUAUGAUAUAUACUUGUUAAAAAAAAAAACAGAUUUUUUCAAUUGUACUUCUCCGUCUCUGAAUAAUCUUAUUAUAUAGAAAUAAUUAGUCAUACAUUAUAUUUGGCAUCUUAUUUAGUCUUCCAUCUGCACAAAUAAUUUUUAAUAAUUCAAAUAACUAUAUAAUUUUAUUUGCAUUUAAUUUUAAUAACAGUGAUUUGAACAUAGAUUUAAAAAAAAGUAUUCAUAUAAUAUUUACUUAAUUUCAAUUUUCUUAUAUAAUAAAACUUUAAUUUUUAUUAUUCUUAUUGAUAUUAAGUAUAAAAUAAAAUCCAAAAAAUAUUUUUAAUUAAUUAAUAAUUGAAAUAAAAACAAUGAAAAUUAAAUAUUUUUAACAUCAUUCUAUGACUUUUGUAAGAAAUAAAAAAAAAAAUAGGAAUAAUUUAAAAGAAAUAAUUUUAUGUAGAUAUUUUUUAAAUGCAAUUUAUUAUAUAUGGUAAAUUUAUUCAAAUACUAUUAAUUAAUUAAUGUUCAUUAACUAUAAUAUAUUUUAACUUUUAAGGCGGAGAAGUAUUUGAACAAAGUUAAUCAUUAAUAAUAUAAAAUAUGAGAGGAAAUUAAAUAUUUAUGCAUUUAUAUAUUAAUGAUUAAUAUUGUAAUUAAUAAGUAUUUGUUAAUUAAGAUUUAAAAUUUGUGAAACUAAUAAUAUUUAUUAAUUAUGUUAAUUGAAUAGUUGAGAUGUUGGUGCCUGUAUUUUAAGUUACUGAGCUAUUUUUAAAAUACCUAUAUUUACUAUAUAGAAUACCUAUGAUGUCAAACAUUUGUGAUAGCUUUCGAGUCAUUAUUAAUAUUUAAACCUUAAAUGUUUUGUGUUUAGUAAUGGGUAUAAAUAUUUUAUUAAAAUAUGUAUAUGUAGUAUGUAUUUAAAUGCUUAUUAUAUAUCUAAUUGUAACUAAGUCUAAAAAUGUAUUUAGAUAUGUCCUUAUUUCAGAAAUUAUGAUGCUUUAUUGCGUGUUAUAGUGGAUUCACGUUCCUGAUGUUUUUCUUUACAAUAUUAACGCACAAUAUUUUUUUCAAUACUUUUGAAAAAAAAACCUCAAUUUAUAAACUAUAACAGUUCUGAAUUUAUGGAUAUCUCUAAAUGCAUUUUUGGUUGUGUCACAAAAUUGAAUUAUUUGUAUAUUUUUUUUUUUUCAUCAAACGGCUGUGUCGUCUAUUAAAGUAAUAAUUGAUUAUAUUUCUAAAUUAUCAAACAGCCUCCUCCUCUUAUUAUUCAUUCUAAAUUUUCCUGUUGAGCUUAAUGCUUGAUUUAAUUAAUUUUUUUUUUUAUCAAAGCAAACCUUAAUUUGUAUCAUUACAUUUUAUUUACUAUUGACUAUACUUAUAUGCUAUAAUAUGCCACAUUAUUACUCCUAUUUUUUUUAGAUCGGUUAUUGGCUGACUACUAAGUCUUCCCUUAUUUUCUCACAUAAUUACUUUCAAACUGCACAUACAUUUUUACAUUUUAUUUAUCCUCUAUGAUCAUACAUCAAUUGUGAACUUUUGUUUUUAAUUGUAUGUUAUAUUCAACACUUGAAUUUCAUAAUAUAUUUCAUCGUUUAAUUAUUCAACUUUAAAUAUUUUUAAAUAUUAUUUUAAUAUUUGAAUACAAUUAUUAUUUAUUUAUUUAUUUAUUUAUUUUUAACUAAUUUAAUAAAAAUGCGUUAUUACAAAUCAGUGUCUCAUUGUCCCAAAAGCUUAAAUGAAUCUCAAGCUUCAUUUUCCAAUUUAUAACUAAGUACUCAACAACAUUGUUCCAAUUAUUUGAUUUUAAUUUAGCAUAAUGAAUUAGAUGUUUAUGAAAUAUGAAUUAUAAAUUGUAUGUUAUUUAAUUAUUAGUAAUAAUAUUUCAUUGUACUGAAGGCAGUAGCUUCAAACCAAAAAUAAUAUUUUUUUAUUUUUUGUUAUUGUCUGCUUAAUAGAUAAAUUUAUUUUGUAUCUCUAAAUGUACUUUAGAUGGUAAUUCAAAUUUCAAACCCAUUAAUUAUUUAAAAUUGACUCUAAAUUAGGUUUUAUAGGUCUUUUUAUCAACAAUACUACAAUUUAUAUGAAAUUUACAUAUACUAAUAUGUGUAUAAUUUGCUUCACAGUGUUAUAUUAUUAAAUGUGCACAAUAGAAACAUUUGUUAAGUAGUACAUUGUGAUUAUAAUUUAAUGGAUAUUUCUCCAGAAAACUGAACUUCAUGACACCAAUUCAUUAUAUCAAUUAUAAAAACAUGUAAAAAUCCGUAUUAAGACUGUAUGCAGUAUCUGCAACAGCUUACAAUCACGUUGAAACGAAUUUUUCUAUAAACUUUUGUCAUUUUCCCUCAUUUUUAGUAACGAAAACAACCAACAAGUAACAACAAUUCGAAUAAUUACCAAGUCCGUCCUAUUCUGAUCCAUGUAUAACUGAUAUUUGCAUCAAUAUCCGCCUGGUCACCAGUGACGGUCACUUUUAACCAUAUUUUAUUAUCACGUUAUGACUUUUAAGUUUUAGUGUUUCAUUCUGCGAGAAGUAUCUUAUUCAGCUCAUUGUUUUUAUUGCGUAGAUAACCAUUUAUGUGUAUGCACUAUGUAUGUGUGUAUAUAUAUAAUAUAUAUAUACAUACAUACGAUUUACAUUAUAACAGAUUCUAUUCCUUAGACUAGUUAGACUGUUGUAAUUCAAUCAAUGCGGUCAUCUCGCUCUCGAGUCCCUGCUUAUAGAAGGGUUCCUAACCUUUUAUGUCCUUUUUUUUUCUCUAUUGCGUUAACUUAAGUCUCUAUACAUUAUGCGCUAUUUACGAGACACUUGCGUGAUAGAUGAUAAUGGGUAUACUACUCCCGCGAUGGAAAAACACGUUCAUUAAAGUAAACCCAAUUGACAAUUGUCCUAAAUCCUAAUACAUCAAUGCGUAAUUUAAAACCACCGUAUACAUUAGAUUUCUCCUCUCGGCUUCUAUAGACUAGACUCGCUCCCCUCGUACCACCAUCCACACGCAUAUGUCGUCCCGGUAUCGAAGCGUAUAGGUAACAGCGAAUAUAGCCUAUACGGGCCCAGUGACGGCGUGAACUUUUUAUUUCACGAGCCAAAUGUAUAUAGAUGCUAUAGAUAUCGAAAUUUUAUGAUAUAAUAUCGUAUGUUUGUAGUGGUAUAUGUCACACUUUAUAGCCGAGAGGUGCCACCACCCUGCAAUGCCGACGGCGCCUUACUUAAAUAUCGCUAUUCUCUCGACAUAUUAAAAUAUUACUAUACAAUUUCGGUCGGUAAUAACAGCGUAUUGACAUAAUAUUACGUUUCAAAUUAUUACUUAUCAGUAUAUAUGUAUAGUGUAUGUAUUUCGAUCGGUAGUGUUUCAUGUUUGUAUGUGUGUUGUGUACACAGCGGAAUAUUGAUUCUGUCGGUAUUGGCAUCGUGUGCGUCCUAACACUAUAAUGUAAACAUGUUAAAUUAUAUAACAUUAUGAAUUAUUACGACGUAGGUAGAUUUUACAGAAAUUUUCGUUCGAUAGUUGGGCAUCAUUACCGUUACUACGUGUUCUCGCGACAACCGCACAAAAAUCCCCUGCCAAAUUUACAGUACGAAUAAUUAUAAUUAAUAUAAUAACAAUAUGUACCUAAUAACGUCCUAAAUGUUAAUGGUCUAUAGUCAAUACCUAGCGAUUUCCAGUUUUUAUUUUAAACGAAAGCAAAAAAAAUCAUUAUACCGCACAUGUUGUUUAUUUGCGACAAGCUCAAAAUGUGCGGAGGCGUAAAGUUGUAAAAAAACAAAAUAUUCGAAAAGUUUGAACACAUUAUUUAAGCUGCAUAUUUAUUUAAAAUCGUACACCUCUACGCAUUUGUAUUUUCGCGCUGCACACAAUAACAUUAUAUAAUAUUACGUCGUUCUCCACACACUAUAAAAUAGGGACUGGACCGAUUUCAUAUCAUGUGUAACUAAAACCGAGUACAAAAAUGCGUGAGAACACGCACACACGUUUAAUGCUGCAAUAUAUUUUUACUUAGAAACCGUCCACUCUUUUCUCAGAGACCCUGUUACUACCUCCCUCACACACAUAUACAUACUACAGUAGCGCAACCAGGAUUUUUUCAAAGGGGGUGUCCGCCAGUAGCGUAUACAGUAGUUCCCCAAUAAAUUUUCAAAUCUGUUUGCAGUAUACUAUGGAAAAAAGUUACGGUUCUAAGGGGGUGUCCAGACACCUAAAACACCCCCCUUGGUUGCGCCACUGUACACACACACACACACACACGCACACGCAUAUACACACUAUAUAGCGUGUAACAGGCCACAGACACAUUUGUAAACGUUUUUAUAAAUGUUAUAUGCGUGUGGUGUGUGUUAUUUUAUUAUAUAGCAGCAACUCUCUACAUAGUUAUAAGAAAUAUUCUAUAAGCGCCUGUAUAUAUAAAUAUUAUUAUGUUUUGUUUUAGGCAUAUAGUUAACAAUGUUAAUUAGAUUGCUGUUUUUGAGUGUUCACUACGACCGUAUAUAAUUAUAUAUUACCUAUCUUUAAGCCAUGUGACAUUAUAUAUUAUGUAUACCUAUACCCGCGGAAAGUUCGUGCACGUGUGAUGACACGUGUCUAACGAUCACCACCAAAUUGAUUUACUUGGAAAUCCCAUCACUUUACCUUUACAACGAUAUAUUAUAUAAGUAAUAUCUAUAUCAAAAUACCAAUUGGAAUUUAACGUUUUUACAUACAUUUCGUUUCGAAUCCGUUCGCGCGUCGCUUUUCUUUUCUAUACAGUUAAACAUAUAGAUGUCUCCCCGUAGGGAGAGGGUCGUAGUACUAUAUAUUACCUAGCUCGGUUAAUAAAUCGAUAGUUUUUCUUCAGAUUUUUGUGUCCCAUCCCGCCGAAUGAUAUGUCUACUCGUGCAGUAGAAUUUUGCGGUUGACGAAUGAUUCCGACACGUUUUUGUUCAGUUCGUGUCUGCCGGACACCCAUCAUUCGUUAUCAGCGUGUGUGGUGUAUACGGUCGCGUGUCGCGAACCGACGUGUACCUAUCAUAACAAUGGUAAAAUAUUAAAAAUUUAAGUCAUAGAUAGGAAUAUUUCCCCACUGCUUAUACCUAUACAAUAAUAUAGUAUGUAAUAAAUAAUAAUACUGUAUACGUUUUCCAUCACGCCGUUUAACUACUGCAGCUGCUUGAUUAUAUACCUACCGAAUAGAUCUCGAUUAUAAUGUUAAUAUUGCGCAGGUAUACCUAUAGUUUUGUACACGCACAUACAUACGCAUAUUAAUAAAAAUAUAUUAUUAUUACAUAUUAUAUUGUGUUAGUUGACACGUUUUUGUAUUGUAUUACGAUGUACCUACACUAAUAUUGUUUAUUGUUCUGUUUAUUGUUAGUGUUACAUGUGUAUAUUGACUAUACCGUUUAGUAUGUGUUAUAAAAAAAAAAAAACUGAAAUUUUAUUUUUAUUUCAAUAAAAUUGUCGUUAUUACACCGCUAUAA